AUGGAGCAAACGAGCAACGCCAGAAAUCACUUACUAGAAGAAAGCACAGAUCGGUGUUCACUCACGCCAGACUCACUCACGCUCCUUCUCAUUUCUCAUCCACCCCCAUCCAUCCCUCAGGUGUUCACCAACCCGCGCUUCCUGGUCCUAGCAUUCGCCAUGGAGCAAACCAGCAACGCCAGAGCCCACCUGCUAGAGGCAGCUCGACUGGCGAGGCUGACGGGGCGAGUGCUGGUGCUACCACACGUGGGCAGCGGCCGCCUCUCAUGGAGUGGGUCUCGCCUGACCUCUUCCUCCUCCUCUCCCGCUCCUCCCUCCCCGCUGCACCAUCUGUCAGCUUCGUGUGUGUUGAAACGCCUUCCCUCAACCGGCCCUGCUUCGAUUUCGGUAAGCCUACCCUUUGUUCCCUCUCUUUCUCCCUCAUUCCCUCCCUUUCUCCCUCAUUCCCUCCCUUUCUCCCUCCCUCUCUCCCUCCUGACCUCUUCCUCCUCCUCUCCCGCUCCUCCAUACGACCCAACCCUUCUGUUGGCUUCAUGUGUGUUGAAACGCCUUCCCUCAACCGGCCCUGCUUCGACUUUGGUAAGCGUGCCCCCUCACUCCCUCUCUUCCCACUCCCUCACAUCGGUAAGUAUUCUCUCCCUACUCAACCUCACCAACAUCGGUAAGUAUUCUCUCCCUACUCAACCCCACUCAACUAUCUCCUCAGCCAGCUCUGGCAAUUUCUUUCCACCCUCAUCCCUCUCUUAUCCCUCUCUCCCUCUAUCUCCCUCUCUCCCCACCACUGCAGGGGAGGUAGCAUCUGGGUUGGGUGCCAUUCUCACCUACUCCCUCGGUCAUCUGCCCACGCGUGCCAACACUCAGGUCAUCACAGUCCGCAAAGCCUCCAGAUUUCUCAAAGCCUUCCAAAAGUGGCAUGACACAGACGUGGUGGUGUGGGUGAAAACGACCUACAAGAGGAUGGCGAUUCGCCCGCCCACGUCCCUCCUCGCACCCGUUCUGCUGCCCUACCACCCGCGCUGGCACACUCUUGCUCGCUCCAUCUCAGCAGCUCUCCCCCGCCCGUUCAUUGCCCUGCACUUCCGAUCCGAGUACAUCGCAUGGCUGGUGGGAGGGAAGCUGCAACAGGAGCAGAAGAUAGGCAAGCAGAUGCACUGGUGCGUGGCAGAGGCGGCAAGAACUGUGCACCAGACCAUUGACGCAGCUUCUGAUGCGUCUCAAAAGUCAUCUGGUUUUGAUACGGCUUCGACAGCAGAGGAAGUAUGGCCGGUGCGGUCAGAGUCAUGGGGGGUUAUGGUGGAGAAGUACGGGCGAGAGCAGACCAUUGACGCAGGGCACCGCGCCCUGCUGCAACUCAGGGCGCUUGUCGAUGGUGAUGGGGAUGACUAUAAAGGGGAUGGAGGCAUAGGCGCCGCGCCGCCCCCUGCCGCAUCCCCUACUGGUGGAGCUCCCGCAUCGCGUCUCCGAGGAGGCGGUGCGGUGCCGAAGCCAAACGCUCCAUCGAUUGCAUCAGCAAACAGCACCGUCAAACCUACCGGCUUCAAGCCUACCGGCCCCGAACCUGCUGGCAACAAAACUAACGGCGGCAAUCCCAGUGGAGCCGGCCCCAAACCUACGGGCACCAAGCCUAACAGUGGCAGUCCCAGUCUCACCAAGCCUGUGGAAAAUAAUAAAUCUACCGUCAAUUCCACGAACAAGAAGAGUCCGGCUAAGCCGGCGGAUAAGACGGCGGAUAAGACGGCGGCAAAGCCGCCGGGGAACACGGUGCCGAGUGCGAAGAAGACAGUGACGGUGCAGAGCAGUGCAAUUGAGAGUCAGCGGCAGCGAAUGGUCGGUGCGCGCAUCAGCGCGGCCGGGGAGGCGGGCUCCGCGUCGUGGCUGGUGCAAAACGGCGGCGCGACGUGCGACAUCUCCGUCGGCACGUGGAUUCCCAGCAGCACGCGGCCCGCUUACGCGUCCACGUGUCCGUACAUCUCGAGAAAGUUCAACUGCGUGCAGAACGGGCGGCCCGACGGUGGUUACCAGCACCUGAUGUGGCAGCCGCGCGACUGCAACAUGACACUCUUCUCCCCGCUGCACUUCGCGCUCAUGUUUCAAGACAAGACGCUCGCGCUCGUCGGCGACUCCAACGCGGAGUACCUCUUCCAGUCGCUGCGCUGCCAACUCAGCACGGGCCUCGAAACCGAGAGCGUGAAUACGACAACGGCGGGAGCGGAGGCAUUUAGAGUGAUAAGCUCCAACACCCUCGUACUGCUCGUUGACGCGCCCUUCCUGUCCUAUGCUGCUCCUGUCGCUCCUCGCGGAAUUUCAGCUCUUGUGUUGCUCGUUGGCGCGCCCUUCCUGUCCUACGCUGCUCCUGUCAUGCCGGUAAGUGCGAGUGCUAUUCCUGCUUAUCAGCUCUCUUUUGAGACGUCUCAAAAGUCGCGCCCUUCCUGUCCUACGCUGCUCCUGCUGUGCCGAACCGUUCCUUCCCUUGUCUCACUUUCUCCCCCUUUUCAGACGCUACAGUUCAAGUCCAGUGCAUGGAACGUGCAUCUAGACGUGCUCCACCCAACUCUCCGCCAAAUCCUGCCAGACGCGCACGCCGUCAUCUUCUCGUCCGGAUCCUGGUUCAUGCCGCCCGGCCGCUCAUACUACAAAAACGGCCGCCCGCUCGCCGCCCAGAUCAACGGCCUGCAGGCGCACAGUGCUGUGCUCGGCGUUCUGUCGGACUAUCUGGCUCAGCUCAGCCCGACGGGAAUUCAGCAGCUGCUGCUGGGACUGGGGAAGGUGGUUGGGGCGGGUGCGGUGGGGGAUGUGUGCUGGCAAGUGCCUGGAUCGGCACAGACCAUCGCAGGGUAUUACUAG